CUUUAUGUUCAUAUUUCAAAACAUGCACAAACCUUACUGUUUUGUCUCUUUGUCCAGGAUGGAGACUUCACAUUUAAGAAGACCCGAUUCCUGGCACAACCAUCAAAAAAAGCCAAUUGUCCAGCAAGGUUAAAAUUACGAGAUGUCAUCGCAUUUCCACAAAUUGAAAAGGAUAGCAAACAUGAGAGGUCAAAAGCAUCUAAAAGAUUGAGGGAAGAUAUGGCCAAAGGAAAUGUGACAUCUGAGCGGAGAAUUUACAUAGAGUUUCCGACUCAGACAGACCAUGCACAUCAUCUCAUAGGAGAGGGAAGUGGCCUAUUUCAGCUUGUGGAUGAAAGGAUUAUCAGAAAAAUUGAUGAGCUGGUUAAUGUGGGAGUUAAAGACACCCGUGAGAUGCGGAGACACCUUGAUGUCUUUGUAAAAAAUGAAAUAAUAUCGGAGGAUGACAUCCAGCCACCUCCUUCAAACCGAAGGUUUUAUCCUAAGCUAAGUGACAUAAGAAGCCAUAUGUACCGGGCAACCAUGAAACACAGAUUCUCUUAAGUUGAUAAAGAGAAUGUGGCUGAAAAAAUCACCAUUGGAAAGCGUCUAACCCAGAAGACUUCUUCCACUUCUGCCCAUAUGGAGGGGCCCCUUCUGGGGAAGGUGAUAAGGAAGAGGAUAUCCAAACCCUUCUAUUCAUCCAUCAAACUGCAUGGCAGCAUAGACUCCUGGAAAGAUAUGGCAAUGACAUGUGUUUACAGGAUGCUACAUACAAAACAACCCGCUACUCUUUGCCUUUGUUUUUCCUCGUGGUGGGCACAAAUGUCGACUACCAGGUAGCUGGAUCAUUUGUAGUGCAAAAUGAAACAUCCCAUUGCAUUAAAGAGGCCUUGCAACUUCUUCAAAAUGAAAACCCUGGUUGGAACCCAAAAAACUGCAUGACUGACAACUGUGAACAGGAGAUAACAGCUUUGGAAGAUAUAUUUCCAGGUACUAUUGAGUUGUAGAGCCUUAAAGAAUUAUAGAAUGUAAACUAUAAAACUGUGUAGGGUAUAUUUGCUCUUGGAAUACCAUUUUCAGAAUAUGUCCCACAAUUGUUGUGCUCUAACUAUUCUCUUGCAGUAGAUAUAAUUUCUGUCCAGCAACUACAUAUAACUAAAAAUAGUUUAUUAGAGGCUGAACAUCAUCCAGUUGGAUUAUGACUACUUAACAGCUCUUUCCCAAAGAAAUUCAGGUUCUUGUCACUCAGAAGUAACAGCACUGACUUCUUGGCAAGUCCACAUGAGAGACAAUAGUUUGGACAAGAGCAGGUCUGAAACUAUUAAUCAUUUGCCAGAUAUGCUAAAUUAUUGAAUUGCAGGGUGCACAGUCUUUCUGUGUGAUUUCCACAGAGAGCAAGCUUGGGAAAGGUGAACAGCCAAAGCAACAAAUGGAGUAUCACCUAUCAAAGAUGAAGUACUUGCAAAAUUUCGGCUUAUGGCAAAUUGAGAGACAGAGAAGAUUUACCAGGAAAGAGUGUGCUCCUUGAAAAAAUCCAAUUUCUGGAAGGAAACCAAAAUCUACAGGUGUGCUUUGAAAACCACUGGUUAAAAGAGCACAAGGUCAGUGCAAGUUAUGUACAGAGAAACUAGCAACUGCUAUUAUAAUUACUCUUGCUUGGCCUUAGAUAAUACAAGGUUUAUGUUGUCUUUGGAGAUUUGGAAAUCUUUAAUAUGUCACUCUUGUUGUCAUUUCAAACCUUUCAUUUUCUAGCGCUGGGUAAAAGCAUUCCGGAAGGAGAUCUCCAUUCACACAACAAAUGGUGUA